AUGUCGUUCGACCAACCGAUUGGCGCUCCUUUUACAUUGGCGUCGCUGUCCAAACCCAUCGGCUCUACCAAUGGACAUGUUCACGCUGCCGGAGUAUGCAGCCUUAGCGGCAUAAAGAAGAGAAAGCGCACUGAGAUUGCCGUCGGUGUUGAUGGAGAGGGCGUGUCUAUAUACAGCCUCCAAAACCCUCAACUUGUAACUUCGUAUGCGCUGCCGCCAAGCACAACCUUCACAUCCGCCCCGUACUCCAUCUAUCGCAAGGGCGCGUCCAAGGCUUCCACCCAGCGCUUCACUUAUGCUUCCCUCGCCGCUUCGUCCCCGGCCGAAAAGCCGUCUUUGGUCUGCUUUCACGAUAAGUCGUCGGGCGACCACACCGAGACCAACAAAACUUCGUACACACCAUCUGACGGUGCGCGCAUCUCUACGCUGGACCUACUUCCCGUCGCGCCGGGUGGCUCAGCCCAAGAUGCGAUACACGACGUACUGACGACUUUCGAUAACGGAGAUGUCAUGUCUCUGUCGGCGGAUCUCCAGGUUGUUAGAUGGACCGCAAACUUGAAAACACUCCUACCAUCCAGCGAUACCAACAUGGAAAUUGAGCACAUCACACUGGCCAGUGCCAGGUCUGUCAUACGAGGGCUCCUGCGGAACAGACAAGACAUUGCUACGAUCCUGGACCCUACACCAGACGAGGCUUCCGACCUUCUAGACCUAGUCCAGGUCCUCUGUGUUAUCGGCCGCAAACCGGAAGGAACAAGGGCACUGACGCUCGUCCAAGUGCAGCCAAGAUCCGCUGACCUUGCCACAAGCCAGCUCACCCCGUUGAAACAUUUACUUUCGUUGGACCUGCCGCAACCAAAGACCCCGAACGCUCAAGCCUCCACGUCUCAGAUCACUCUGUAUCCUUCCAGUGGUGCCAUUCAUAUACUCGCAGGUGGAAUCUUGCUAUCAUACGGCUUGUCCGGAACCGUGCCGAAACUCUACUCACAGUUUGUUCUUCCCGGAUCGACUGUCGACUCCUUUCUCCGAACCUCGCAGGAUGUCAUCUUCACCACGUCGCAAAACACAUGCCGAGUUUUCGAUGUCAAGUACAAUUCUCUGCAAGCUGUCCACUCCAUGAGCCCCAGCCCGUCCACCUUGGACACUACUAGCCCGUCGAAGAAGAGGAAGCAUACACAACCGGAAGGUGAUUCGCAAACAUCGUCUCCUUGCAGCCUGGUCGCUUACUAUGCCGAUAUUGGACUGAUUGUAGCCGCACGAGAGGACGAGGUAUUUGGCAUGCAAUUCGGAGGAGCCGCAUCGCGCAAGAGGACCAAGACCGAGGGCACUCUCCUUAUCGAUGCCAUCGGAAGAGGAAUCGCACCCGAGUCAACACUCAGCGCAGCCGAUAACCAGAAGUGGCAGGAGCGCAAAUGGAAGCUAAACAAGUAUGCUGCGAAGGGUAAGAUCGCAAAGUUCGAGCAACACUUUGCAUCAGACCUGGGUAUCGAGCUUGAAUCUGCCGAUGUAGCGCAGAAACACGAGAAUGAGGUAAACGGCGGACCUUUAACGAACGGAGGGGGGCCAAGUCUUCCUGACGAGGAUGCCAUGGUGGUUGACAAGCUUGAUGAUGAGCCCUCAAAGGACGUGUUACCUCAAUGGAAACUGCCUAAGACCAUCCCUGGUAACCAACGACAGCAAUACCGACAGUAUGCACUCUACGCAUUGAGCAAGAUUUUCUAUUGGGUAGAUGCUACGGAAGAGGAACCACAGGGACAGUUGAGGGUCGGCUUCUUUGCACCGAACGUUUUCCAAUGGCUUCUACAGACCGGGCAUCUCACAAAAGAGUCUAUCCGUCGGGCCAUUUUCGAGGGCGCAAACGAGCAGAUGCAGCUCACAUCGGCCAUCAUGGAUGGAGAUAUUGUCAAGGCUUUGGUCGAAUACGAUCCCGAUCUGCAUAUCCUUUCGGCGGUCCUCAAUCACACUCAGUUCCUGCCAGUGGGCGAGGUUGUUCAGGCUAUCAAGCUUCUUAUCCAGAGUAUAGACGAUGAACCAAAGGAUCAUGAAGCGGCAAAGCUUUUGACAAACGGCGCUAACCCAUCAGAGGAUGAGAUGGACCUUGACUUUGCUUCUGAGCUUGAAGCAGCCUCGCACGAAAUUGACCAUGCGUUAUCCAUGCUUGACCACGGCCUGUUGACACGCAGCUAUACACUGCGACCUGCUCUGAUCCGACUCCAUACUUUCUCGGCCCCGAUAGUCAGUGCGACCCUCCGCUCAACUUUGCCACGCCGAGAUCUCGAAUCGCUCAUCCGUCUUCUACAUCUGGAGCUGAAGAAUGGCGGCUGGUCUUCUCCACUCGGCUUCGUAGAGACAGAGUCUCCCGCUGUCGAGAGCUCAAGUGAGGACCCAGACGACCAUGCAGUCGCUAUUAUUGCAUCCCUUCUCUCUACCACCCUCGACGCUAUCGGCGCAGGAGCCUGGUUGGCUUCUGUCGGCACCAUCUCUGCCUCUGAGACUGGUGAAGACAUGCUCAAGUCAUUGAACAGGGAUGCGUCCGUGGCACUCAGUGGAUUCUUCGAAGCUCAUUUCAUACGCGGUCUGCUUUCGGAGUUCCUCCGCUAUGCUUCCACUGUGCCUACGUCCAAGAAGCCUUCUAACAAGGCUUUGGGAGUACAAGGCAAGCCAUUUGGCGUUACUGGUAAGCUUAAUGGCGAGGAGGAUCUGCCCAUGUUGCCCCUUGGUUCCAAGGCAGAACAAGGUGUAGAGAAGGUGAAGAGCGGCAAAGGAGGAAAGAAGGAGCAGCGAAGUAAGAGAGAGAUGGGUAUGCUGAUCAGUAAACGCGUGCCCAAGUAUAGCUUCGAGCGCAUUGUUGUAUAG